AUGACAUAUGCAGCCGUUCCAAUCAAAAAAAACAAUAUUGGAUCAACUCUGGAUGAUAUGAAGCAAGUGUAUCUGAUUGCUGGUGACAUUCAACCUUGUCUUAGACAUCGUGUGUUUGGUUCGCCAUUAUCAGCCACGUCAAUAGCAUGUUCAAACACAUCUACUACCACUAUUACAUAUUCAGCUCGUCAUUCGUACAGUUCUGGUGAGCCAUCUAGUCAGCCAUCUAGUCAACUAUCUGGUCAACCAUCUGGUCAAUCCUCUUCGCUCCUUCAAUCUAGCGAGUCGUUUCCAGAUACUCCAUUUCAGCCAUACUCUGCAUCACGAGUCACUCCAGGCAAUGGUCGAGGCAUAUCUCCACGCAGAGCUCCACCUUCACCACGGACUAACCAAGACACAGAUGUACAUGCGCAUGAACUGCAGUUUUAUGGUUGGGUUUUGUUGAUAUUUACAGUGCUGUAUUUCAGUGUCAAUAUGUUGAUGAUGGUUGGCAGCAAGUGGAUGAUUCCUGCAGACACACAACACAAGGUAUUUGGCUAUUAUGAUUGA